AUGCCGUCACGUCAGUUUCACCGGAAAAGUCGCCAUGGCUGCCAGAAAUGCAAAGAGAGAAAGGUCAAAUGCGGUCAGGAGAAGCCGAUCUGCCGACAUUGCGAGCGCCUUGGCUACCACUGCUCAUUCACCGAGACUCAGGCGUCCGAGGCGAUUGGCUCACAGCUUGACGCCAUCAACGAUCCAAUACCCGGUACCAGCGCUGUUGGCGAUGAGCUUCACAUUCAAGAUUUGGAGCUCAUGCAUCAUUACUCAACCACGACGUACUACACCAUGACCGACCAGAUAGAGCGCUACUACAUUUGGCAGCACAGCAUUCCGCGACAUGCUCUCAACCACCCAUUUCUCAUGCGGGGGCUACUCACUCUCGCCGCAUUGCACCUUCACGAUCAGAAUCCUCAGGCAGCAUAUCUAGAUCGGGCAACGUUUCAUCAAGCCAAAGCUCUCGAGGAAUACCAUCCCCAUCUCUCAAACAUCACCGAGGAGAACAGUAGUGCUCUUUUCGCAUUCUCGUCAAUCAUUGCAGCCAUAAGGUUCGCCUUCCUUCGGCACCCGGAACCAGCUCUGUCCGGGACAGCGUUCAUCGGAAGCAUGAGCGAGAUCUUCGACCUUUUGAUGGGCUCAAAAGCCGUAGUCAUCGAAGGCCAUCAAUCGCUCCUAAGAGGAGAUCUAGCUCCCUUCAUAAAGCGCCCGGACGCAAUCGAGGCACAAGACAUCGAGCUAUCCGAGCUCGGCAAGGGGGCCAGUGCUUCUCUUGACGCUCUCCAAGAGGUUUGUGGCGGACUAGAUUUGGAGAACCAGCCCAGCUAUCUCUCGGCCAUUGCUGAAUUACGGCUGGUCUUCGCGUCGGCCCACGCGCUAGGCAAUCGGCCUGGAAUGAGCAUGCCGUUGGCCUGGCCGGUCCUGGUGGGUGCGCAUUUCCUCUCGUUGGUGAAACAACAGGAUCAUUUGGCGCUGGCAAUUUUGGCACACUAUGGGGCUGCAUUACAUUGUAUUAAUGAUGUUUGGUUCGCCAAGGGUCUAGGCGCAAAUCUCGUGAGAGCUGUGGUACAGGUAGUAGAUCUUCAUUGGCAACCGUACUUGCGCUGGCCGAUAUCGUGGGCAAGCAUCGACAGGAGUGCAGUCUGA